AUGGCGGCGGGAUGGAACGCGACUUUAAUCGUGGAAACAUGGUCAGAAGGUGAAACCAUAGCUAUAAGCGUUGGUUUAAACGUAGCGUGUCAACACACAAACGCAAGACAUAUUUGUAUUGUACCAAACGCGGCAUCAGAAACCGCUUAUCUUCAAGCCAUGGCACAACAAUCUUGCUCAAACUUGCCGGAGACAAUCAUUAUGAACGAGGACGAAGAUGAAGAAGCAGAGAGCACGAUCCAGAAGCUACAAGGAAUCGAUUUCUUGGUAACUGAUUGGGAUCAAAAGGAAUUCGCAGCAAACGUUUUGAGAAACGCUGCGUUUGGUAGCCGAGGAGCGGUUGUGGUCUGCAGAAGCGGUUACCGGAGGAGCGCUUCGUGUUUCAGUUGGACACGAGCGUUUAGUGACCGGAAAGUUGUGAGAACGGUGACUCUUCCGGUUUCCGGUGGUCUAGAAAUAGCUCAUGUGUCGGCGGCGAGAAGCUCUGGGAAGAGUGAUAACAGCAGCACGAAAAAAUGGAUUAAGCAUAUUGAUCGAAAAUCAGGAGAAGAACAUGUAAUUAGAAAGUAA